AUGGACAAAGAUUGCGACAUGGUAUAUAAGAACAUCUCUGACCUUUACAAAUCCGAAGAAUUUAAGACCUACGACAACUUUGUUUCAUUAGUUGCAAAAUGUGUUUGGGAAAUAAGAGAUAAAGAUAGUAGGGGUAAGGUAUGGAACGAACAAAUAAGACCCGCUAUGUUCGAGAUGAAGAAAACCAUUGACGCCUUGGUUGUUUUAGCAGGUAAGGUUUCAGAAUAUAACGCAAAAAUGAACCCGCAAUGUUCAAAAUGUAAAGCAGCAAUGAGGAAAUAUAACUACUCCGUCAAAGAGAUAGAACGUAUGCGAAACGACUAUGCAGAUUUAAAGAAAGAAGCAGAAAAACCAGCAGAAGAUAAAAUGAACAUGUUAGAAUUUCUGAACAAAAACUAUCCAACUGCUGACGAUUUCCUUCUAUCUGACGUCAAGAAGAAGUAUAAAGAAACUUUCGGUAUCGUUAAAACUUUUGACAUACUGACAGAAGAAAUAGAAGCUACGAAAUUGUUUAGAGUCAUGAACCAUCGCAACAUAUACCAUGUAAAACGCUUGUAA